AUGGAUAUCGCCGACGAAUUCCAACUGCUGCAACGACAAGCACAAGCGGUGCAAGACAUUAUACUCCCGGCCGAAGUAGAAGACCUGCUGCGACGACUACAACAAGAAGAUGACUUUCUACCUGAUGCCGAUGCCAUGUUUCGCGAGCUUGUCCGCCUCGGCCAUAUGAUCGAGGCAAACACGAACGACGUCACCACACACGUCAGCGUCGCGGGUCCGUUGACCGUGGCGGUGGCCGAGUCGCUCAAGACGGUGGACGCGCCAUCCGACGGGCACGACUGCCCGAUCUGCAUGGAGGAUGACAACUCGGCGGCGUGGAAGGAGACGCCGUGCGAGCACCGGUUCCACGGACGGUGCGUCGAGAGGUGGCUGCAGGCCAAGGGGAGCUGCCCCAUGUGCCGGCGCCAGCUGGUGACCAUGCCCGCCGCCGCCGCCCCUAGUACCGCUGGAUUCUCUGACUUAGAGCUGGAUGCCAUCGUGGACCUCGUGAAUUACUAG